UAGCGUGCGUUACGCGGGGCGGCAGGUCAGGCGGCAGUGGAGCGGUUACAGAGAGCUGCCCAUCAAGACGAACAGCAGUCACUGCACGGGCAGCCCUCACCCCCAAAAAAAUCUUUCAAGACACCUCGCGUUUCCACACUCUGCUCCAUGGCAACCAGAGCCACCGUUUCUCUCAUGACAGCUCCCAGCAUGCAGUACAGCAGUAGCCUGGCAUGUCUGACUCCAGAACUGGCCGAACUCUUGUUGACGCACAUGGCUCGAGAGCGUCUCCUCCGUCCACGGACGCUGGAGCUGUUCUUCGGCUGCCCGCUGCAGAAGUUUGUCCUGAACUGUUAUCCGUACACCACCAAUGAGAUGCUACGGCAGCUGAGGGCCUUUUCCUGUCUGAAGCAUCUCAGCUUAGUCAACUCUCUUCUCAUUACAGAUGCCGGUCUUUCUGUUCUCUCCAACCUCACAAAACUACAGCAUCUCAACCUGUCGUCCUGCUGCAAGCUAACAGACAGCUGUCUGCAGCACAUCGCAGGACUCCACAGUUUAACGUUCUUGUCUCUGGAUCAGACUAAAGUAAGCGACGCAGGGAUGGUGAUGUAUCUACAGUCAGGUUCCCCUGUUCUCUGCCAGCUGAGUCUGAAUCAGACAGCCAUCACUGACAGCACGCUAAGAGUUCUGCCCACGUGUGCACCGCAGCUACGGAUGCUGAGCAUCAAACACACAAAAGUGAGUGAUGUGUCUGCGCUCGCCGAGCUCCGAAACCUGCAAACGCUUCACCUUGACAGCACCUGUGUGCAGGAGUAUUCUCUCCAGCGCCUGGCAACCCACCCCAGCCUAUCAGCUCUCAGCCUGGCCGGCAUACCUGUCGCCGAUGGAAACCACACGCUGGAGAUCAUUUCAGGUCUGAGUCUUACCCAGUUGACCCUGCCUGGACGACACUCUGUGACAGACAGUGGACUUUCAUUUCUCUCCAAACAGACGUUUCUAUUAGAGCUCGACCUGACAGAUUACACUCAGCUCACAGACCACGGCAUCAUGAAGCUCUCCAGCAUGACCAGGUUGAAGAAGCUGUCUCUUAGCAACACUCAGGUGAGUGAUGCUGGGCUGCAAGGAUUGGUCAGUCUAAAAGAACUCCAGGAACUGUGUCUGGACCGGACUGCAGUCACCAGCAGAGGCGUGGCCAACCUAGUCACUCAUUUACCACAUCUGCAGGUAAUGGGUUUGGCUAGCACACAAGUGGGCGAUACGGUGAUCAGACGAGGUUUAGUACACUGUCCUCAGCUGCUUAAAGUCAACCUCAGCAAAACCAGAAUUACAGAUCAAGGUCUGAAGUUUCUAUGUCGUAUGCAGUUAAAUCAAGUGAAUUUGGAUGGUACAGGUGUGACUCUAGUUGGCAUUGCCAAUCUGAUCUCCGCCUGCCAUCAUUUGACAAGCGUCCGAGCCAGCCAUACCCGCGCCAUACCGCCAGACCAGCAGUCUGACGACGACGACAUCGAUAAUGACAACAGUGCCACCAGCGCAUUACGAUCCUAGUGUUAUUAUUUUAGCAUCUGUUUAACGGUGGGGAGAGAUUAGUACCAAGAUGAAGAAACUCAAAUCCCACUUGAGUUCGACAAUCAUGUUGAAUGCUGUUGCAAAAAAAACAAGUUAAUAGUUAAUCUGGAAUUUUAACAUGCACGGUUUAAGAUUAUAUUUUUAACUCUUGACAUUUUGCAUUUUUUUUGUAUUUUGUCAAAGUAUGAUUUAAAAAUGUUGACCACUUGGAACAGCAAAAAUAGAAAAUCCAUCAAUGCAAUUUAGUAAUAAUGACGCUUCUACAGCAGGACCCAGAUUAUGAUGAUCACAUUUUUGCAUGACUGGUUUAAUUUGAAAAGAAUAUAAUUUCAAAACUAAAUGAAAAGUAAUAAUAGUUAUUAAUGAGCUGUUUGAGUUUAUGUUAAUAUAUUUUGGAUACAUGCAUCUAUUAGAAUGAUUGAUAAACUGGAAGGUCAUUUAGUUCAGGGAUUACGUACCAAAGUUUGCGUUGAGUGUUAAGCAUGUUACCGAAUCCAUCAGAAGUUUGAUGUUAAAUGUGUGCUGCUUUUGAAAUGGUCCCUGUUCCUGGUGAAUGUACAUUUAUUAUUAUAUCUGAAACUUACUGGAAAACAGAGGUUAGUCUGUGUUUCUGUCAAAUUACAAACGUCUGUCCUUAACCAACAACAUUUCGUAUCUAAAUCAAAGUGUUUGACUUUAUUAAUAAUCAAACAGGUGACAAAAAAAACAUCAAUACAGUAACGAAGCGAAGGAGUAAAAUGGUGCUUGGGAAACCAAAUGAAGCAUCACAUCAUUGGCAUUCGACUGUUUCUGUAGGAACUCAAGCGUCAGGCUUGCGUUUAUGCAUUAGAUUUGUACCUUUAAACAUCUGAAUGCAAUAACAUUUGAAAAGAGUAAAACAAUAACAAUAUUCAAUCACAUCUGGAGGAAAAGUCUGCAUGUGAAUAUCUCAAUUCUGAACAUAAACACCUCAAAUGCAGUUGAGUGCUGUUUUGUCUUGGAUUUCACUCGAUGGUUUAUGUUGAAAUUGUUGUGUAUAUGUAUGCUUCUCAUGACAUGCAGUCAAAGAUGCAAAACUCUUUCUUUAUUUAAAAUGCCAUGAUAACCACAAAUUAAUUGAUUUUUUUAUAUGCAUGUUCCUAUAUGGACAUUUCUCAGACAUUAACCCUUCGAAUGCUCAUCAGUGUUUAGAAAAUGUUAGUUCUGUACACACUGUAUGAAUUUCCAGAUUGUCUCAAAAUGUUAUAACGCGUAACCAAAAAAUGAACAACAUUUUGUUAGGAAAACCUACUACUGUAACACAAAUUCACAGAACAGCAACCUUGUGUGUGUGUGUGUGAUGCAUGUUGUGCUAUUCAUUUAUUCAUUCAGUCUGUUUGAAAUAUAGUUUGAAACGUUUUCCUGUGUUACUAGAACGUGUACAGUUUAUUUUCUAGAAAACUAGGAUGUUUUAAGACUAUUUUGUACUUUAGGCUUACAGCAUUAAUAAAAUGACAUUUUACAAUGUU